CUAUUAUCACUUGCCGUAUUGACAAUAAUUGUUAUUUAUGAUUAUCGCUCUGAUUAGCUGUCAGUUAAUAAUUAUGUUCGCUAUCGUUAAACCAAAAUGUGAACGGUAACGAAUGACAAUUAACCGAAAUUGGGGGAAGUAAAGCGUCGAACCUUCGGGUCGAGCCCCCCCUCCCGGGACAUGGCGUCAAAACCGCGGAUAAUUUCCCUUCAAGAAUAUUACAAUCUUUGUUGAUUUUGCAAACACCUAACACCCUUUUCGCACAUUGAUAACACUCUACUGAUAACAGUGACAGUCCGCACAUCUGGGCCCGCGGUGGUCAUCGUCCCGUCCAUCCGCCGAUUCAACACCGACGACGCUCUCCUGCACCGCGUUAAGAUAUCGAUUUCACCGCUGCAGGCACCUUCCGUUCCGUUGUUGUUGUUGUUGUUGUUUUGAUCGUUCGUCUGCGUGCCUACACCGUAAUGUCCGUAAACAUGACAGAAGAAGUCCAAAGCGACGAGGUGUUCAAGAAACUCGAUGCGUUAAAAGACAUCAGAGACAAAACUGAAAAACUGGAAAAUUUAAAAAUGAAUAUUUUGAAAGAAAUUGAAGCAAGUGAUCAAGAAGAUAAAUGUCUUAUUGAAUAUCGCAAGGAAUUGGAACUUUUACUGCAAGAAAAAAUGGCACAUGUUGAAGAACUUAGACAGAUUCAUGCUGAUAUAAAUGCGAUGGAAAGUGUAAUAAAAAAAGCUGAAGAAUCUAGAAAUCGAUCAAUGGAACGUGCUAAACAAGUCCAUGAUGAAUAUAAGCCUCUUAAGACAGACAUUGACCUUAUGCGUAGAGAUUUACUUGGACUAGAAAGAUUACCAGAACUUCAUGAAGAAGAAAGUGAUCUUGUGCGACCAGAUCUAUUUGUACAAACCUAUUUUGACAAACAAAUUAAACCUGCUGUGUCAACACCCCCUAAUUCAGAUUGGCACAAUGGUGAUAGUGUGCAAAACCUUACUCAAGCACAUCAGCAUGCACAAGCUGCAGUAGCGGCUUUCCUUGGAUCUCAAACAGCUCCACUUCAACAACUUGCUACUAGUAGUAAAAUGGUUAAUGGUGGACCUGUAGAUACUAGACCAAUACCUCCAAUUCCUGGACCACCAACAUUCAGUUUUGAGAAUGAUCGUUCUGCUGCUGCAACCGUGAUGGGUAAUGUCAAGUAUAAAAUAAAAGCAGUGCUUACAUCAGGACAACAACCACCACCAAUGAAAUCAUGCUUAUCAUGUCAUCAACAAAUACAUCGUAAUGCUCCAAUUUGUCCAUUAUGCAAAGCCAAAUCCAGGAGUCGUAAUCCGAAAAAACCAAAGAAAAAAGAUUAACUAGCAAUGAAUCAAAGUGACAAGUCUGAAUUAAAACUUUUAAUCAGAAUUCAAAGUAUAUGAGAAUUUAAAUAAGUCUACUUUGCUGACACUGAACUGGCUUUUAAAAAUUAGACAUUUUAGAAUUAUGGAAAUGUCUAUUUCUUUUUGUUAUACUAAAUAAGAUUGUAUUUAGAUGCUUACCUUAAAACUCAAAAUAGGCUGAAAGAGCUAAGUAUGAGAUUUUAACUUAAACAGUAUUUUUUAUUUAUUAUUUUUUUUUUUUUAAUAUUUUAAGAAUCAUGUAUAUAGUAUAUUAAAUAAUAUUUAUUCAAUUAUUAAAAAAAAAAAAAAAAAUGACAGUAUUAAAAAUGAAAAUUUUCGAAAUUGUGAUUAUCUUGAAUCCACAUUCCUAAAAUAAGUAUUACAUUAUUACAUAUAAAAAGAAGGUAUUUCUUAACAUUAAAAUGUAUUCAUUAAAGUAUUUAUAAUUUUGUAUAUUUAAACUUGAGUUAAUGUUUUCUCAAUUAAUUAAAAUAAGUAUUAUUUUAAGUGAUUUGUGUUUGUAAAUAAAUGAUUUUUAUAAACAUAUGUAUAAUGAUAAUGCCAUUUAAUAUUAGAAGUGUAAAAUAUUUUCCAAUUUACUAGUGUUUAUUAAUUUGAAUGAUUUAUUUAUUUUUGCAUUUUCACAGAAAAUGGUCAAUAAUGAAUUUUAGUUUUGUUCUUUAUCUA